UUUGGGGUUGUCAAUCCACAACCGGAAACAGCAUGAACAAAAUGGACGACGAAAACAUGGAUAAUAUUGAUGAGGAUGAAAUGUUGGAAGAUGAAUCGAAUUCUGAAAUGGAUGAUGACGAUGAUGAUGAGCCAAAGGGUCCAGCCAAGACAUAUUUACCUGGUGAACCCCUUGAAGAAGGGGAAGAACUAGUUUGUGACGAAUCAGCCUAUGUUUUGUACCACCAAGCACAGACAGGUGCUCCUUGCCUCAGCUUUGAUGUGAUCCCAGAUAACCUUGGUGAGAACAGAGAGAAGUACCCCUUGACAUGCUUCAUUGCGGCAGGCACACAGUCUCAAAGGGGUAAAAGUAAUCAUGUGAUCGUGAUGAAGAUGAGCAACUUAAAUAAAAACAGCAAGGCGUCAACGAAGAAUGAGGACUCAGAGUCUGAGUCUGAGAGCAGUGAGAGUGAGGAUGAGGAUGAGAAGCCUGAGCUGGAGACCGCAGUCAUCAACCACAGCAGUGGAGCUGUCAACAGGAUCAGGGUUACCAAACUCAAUGACAGACAUAUAGCAGCCACAUGGUCUGACAAAGGUAAGGUGCAUGUAUGGGACCUGAGCCGCCCCGUAGCGGCCCUGAAUGACCCCACCGUGAUGACAAGCUAUGUGAAGAAUGAGGAGUCAGCCCCCGCUCUGUAUACAUUCACUGGCCACCAGGUGGAGGGAUUUGCCCUGGACUGGUCCACUACAUCACCAGGCAAGCUGCUGACUGGUGAUUGUAACAAGAACAUCCACCUGUGGCGGCCAGGGGAGGGGGGCUGGCAGGUGGACCAGCGGCCAUUUGCAGCUCACACUUCCUCCGUCGAGGACAUACAGUGGUCUCCCAACGAAGACAAUGUGUUUGCCUCCUGUUCUGUGGAUCGCAGCAUACGUAUCUGGGACAGCCGGGCUGCCCCCACCAAGGCCUGCAUGCUCACCACAGAGGGGGCCCAUGAGAGGGAUGUUAACGUGAUACACUGGAACCGGAAUGAGCCCUUCCUGCUGUCAGGGGGAGACGAUGGGGUCCUCAAGAUCUGGGAUCUCCGGCAGUUCCAGCAUGGUAAAGCGGCUGCGAUAUUCAAGCACCACACAGCCCCAAUCACCUCAGUGGAGUGGCACCCGACAGACAGUUCCGUGUUUGCGGCUGCGGGCUCAGACGACCAGGUGUCCCUAUGGGACCUGGGGGUGGAGCGUGACCUUGAGAUCCCCGCCCCCUCCCAGGGGGAGCCAGAGGUCCCCGCCCAGCUGCUGUUCAUUCAUCAAGGUCAGACUGACAUUAAGGAGAUCCAUUGGCACCGACAGUUGCCUGGAGUGGUCCUCAGUACGGCGCACAGUGGCUUUAAUGUGUUUCGGACUAUCAGUGUGUGAGAUUGCUAGUGAAAGUCGUUUUUGUAAUUUCUUUUGCAAUGAAUAAAAUGAGAAAAUUUG